AAAGCCAAAGCCAUCUCCAGCUUGUUUCCAAUGAUAACUUGCUGCCUUUGGAAUCGCUUCUCUCUCACUUUCUCCCCAAGAAAUGAAACUCGAGAAAGCUAAAAGAGCAGCAGAGGUUUAAUUCUCAACAACCAACUUUAACACCCUAGACCUCUACUAUAUUUUCUUUAUAUAUAUAUAUAUAUAUAUAUAUGUAUCUCUCUCCUUUUUUCUAGCCAAAAAUCAUAAUUGCAACUUUCUCUAGCCUCUAGUUCAUCUUCAUCUCUCAGAUAAUUUUUCUCCUUGAAACCUUUCUUCUGGUUUCUUGAAAAAAUGAGUAAACAAGAGGUCAUGAAGAUGCAGACUUGGGUUCUCAAGGUGAAUAUACAGUGUCAAUGUGAUGGUUGUGAGCAGAAAGUAACGAAACUCUUGCAGAAAAUUGAUGGGGUCUAUGAUACCCGUAUAGAUUCAGAGCAGGGGAAAGUUACAGUGAUAGGGAAUGUUGAUCCAGCAAUUCUCAUCAAGAAGCUUGAGAAGUCAGGGAAACAUGCACAACUCUGGGGAGCUCAAAAGGGGUUUCAAAAUCUCAGCAACCAGUUCAAGAACAUGCAUUUGGAGGGUGGGAAAGGUGGGAAGGACAACAAGUCUCACAAGGGUGGAAAUAAUCAGCAGAAGGGUGGUCAUAACUUUGCUCCACAACAGAUCGAGGGUGGAAAUAAUCAGCAGAAGGACAAGAAAUCUGUGAGGUUUUCUUUGCCUGAGGAUGAGCUUGAUGCAAGUGAUGAUUAUUUUGAUGAAGAUGAGGAUGAGUAUGACGAAUUCGAUGAUGAACUUGAUGAGGAUUUUGAUGAUGAUAUGGAGGAUUAUGGGCAUGGUCAUGACCAUGGUCAUGGGUCCAAUGGGUUUUCCAUGAAUAAUAAAAAGGGAGGUGGGGGCGGUGAUUUUGGCAAGAAAGGUGCAAUUGAUAUGCCCAUGGUGAUGAAGGGAAAGGGUGAAAACAAAGAAACAAAGGAUGGCAAGGGAGGAAAGAAAGGCGGUAGUGGCGGAGGGAAGCAACAAGGCAAAGGUGGUGGAGAUAAGAAGGGCGGCAAAAAGGGUGGUGGCGGUGGGUUUCUAGGGUUUCUAAAGAGGACUAAAAGUGGGAAGGAGAGUAGUGGUAAGAAGGGUAAAAACAAAGAUGGAAACAAUAAAAGCUCCAAAUCCAAUAAUGGCAACGUAGGUGGUGGGGGUGGGAAAAAUAAUGGCAAUGGGUCCAAGAAAGGUGGAGGCAAGAAUGAUGGGUCCCCUGAAAUGAAUAAAAUGAAAAAUGGUGGGUUUCAUGAAGUUGACAUUCAUCAUGGCAAAGGAGGACGAGGAGGAGGUGGUGGUGGUGGUAUGCAUAUGGGUCAGAUGGGUCAGAUGGGUCAGAUGGGCCAAAUGGGUCAGAUGGGCCAGAUGGGCAAUUUUCCUGCAGUGCAAGGGCUACCGGCAGGUGCAGCAUUGAAUGGUGGUGCGUACUAUCAAGGAAUGGGAGCAAUGAACCCCUACGCUCAACAACAAUACAUGGCCAUGUUGAUGAACAAUCAGCAUCGUCCAAUUGGCAAUGACAUGUACCAAUCCACGAUGUAUGCCCGGCCCUACCCAUACGCAAACUAUGGGCCACCACCAAUGCCGCCUCCAGUUCCUUCUGAGCAUUAUACUCACUACUUCAGUGAUGAGAAUGCUGAAAGCUGCAGUAUCAUGUAAAAUCCCUAAAGUAGUUCUAUUCUUCCUUCUAUUAGGUUUUCUCUUUCUGGGUUUUCUUUUUCUUCCUCUACUGGUAAUAUUACAAGAGUGCAAGAUAUUCAGAAAGCAUUGCUUUGUGGUGCUUGAUAUAAGUGAAAUUUUGUUCCAUAACCCCUUAAUCUUCUAUAUAUAUAGUUUUUCUUUUUCUUUUGUUUCUUAGUUAGUAGUUAUAUGAAGUUAUCCAUCAAAAUCCAUGUAGCUCUCAGUUUAAACUACUCAAGUUAUUAGUGAUAGAAUAUAAUUUAUAUAUCAAA